AUGUUCUACGAUCUGAAUGUGCCCUGGACUGCCUCUGACAGAGAGCUUCAGCGCACAGUUGCAUUCCUGGACGAGCUAGGAUACGAUGUGGUCGCCCUCACCCACACCCUUUCAGGGAAGCUGCCCGCAGACCUGACCUGCCCGAUCCCGACCACCCUCCCAUUCCCCACACCCUCUCGUCUACGCUUCCUCCGCCGCUGCACCCUCAUCCUAGCCGACCCCUCCCAAAACCACCGCAUCUCACAGCUCUCCGCCGCGUACGACAUCCUCGCAAUCCGGCCCACCGACGAACGCACCCUCAAACAAGCCUGCGAGUCGCUGGACUGCGACCUCAUCUCCCUGGACCUGACACAGCGACUGGGCUUCCACUUCAAGUUCAAGAUGCUAGGCCAGGCCAUUGAGCGCGGCGUGCGCUUCGAGAUAUGCUAUGCGCCUGGCAUCCUAGCCGUAGACGGGGCCGCACGCAGGAAUCUGAUCGGGAACGUGGUGGGGCUGAUACGCGCGACGAGAGGGGGCCGAGGUCUGGUCAUUAGCAGCGAGGCGAAGACGGCGCUGGCGUAUCGCGCGCCGUCUGAUGUUAUCAAUCUUGCGUCGGUGUGGGGCCUUGGGCAGGAGAGGGGCAAGGACGCGGUGUGUAAAGAGGCGAGGGGUGUGACUGUCACGGCGCAACUGAAGCGGACGAGCUACCGGGGCGUAGUCGACGUGGUGUAUGGUGGGGAGAAGCCAGAACAAGUGACCAAAGCGCCGGCACUGUCAAAGGCAGAGAGGGCAGAAGCCCAGAAGAAGCGUAAAGCUGAUGCUAUGAACAGCAAUGGAGGAUCUCUAGCGGGGAACUCUCCGAAACCGGUACCGAAGCGAGACUUCAAGAGACAAGAGAAGAAAGCAAAGACUGAGGGCCAGGUAGAAGUGGCACCCACCAAGGACGCUGCAUCAGGCACUAAAGUCAAUGGCGUUACUAAUAAUAUGCCUAUUCGAAUGGAAGACUAA